AUGACCCAUCUUAUAAAGCUUCUAGAAGCCAGUCACAGUCACAGUCCAGCGCCUGGAAGCUCCAGACCCAACCAGGCCCCAUCGCCCAGACCCCACCAACGACACGACCGCAGCCCCAUGAAGCUUCCCAACCUGCUGCUACUCUGGCUGAGUGCACUCUGGCCUCAGUUCCUGGCCCUCCCCCUGAGCUCCCACAACUCCCUGCCCCAGAGCUUCCUUCUCCAAAGCCAGGAGCAAAUGAGGAAGAUUCAGAUGGACACAGAAGAGCUACAGCAGAGAUUGUGUGCUGACUAUAGCCUUUGCCAUCCAGAGGAGCUGAUUUUGGUGGGCCAGUAUCUAGGCAUUCCCAGGCCACCCCUGAAAAACUGUUACAGUCAGGACUUGAGAUUGGCUACCUGUCUGAAUCAGCUACAUUAUGGACUCCAGCUCUACAAGGGGCUUCUGAAAGCACUGCAGGGAAUCUCCCCUGAGCUGGCCCCUACUCUGGACAUUUUACAGCUUGAUGUUGCUGAUUUUGCAGCCACUAUCUGGCUGCAGAUGGAAGAUCUGCAAGUAGCUCCUAAAAUCAUGCCCACCCUGGGCACCCUUCCCAGCUUCAGUUCCUCCUUCUGGCGUCGAGCAGGAGGCGUCCUCAUCUUUGACCGCUUGCAAGCCUUCCUGGAGACGGCAUACCGUGCCCUGCGCCAUCUUUCCCAAGCCUGA